GCUGCAGCUACAAUAUAGUAAAUCCUAUAGAUUUCUGAAGUUGUUGAGUAUCAAAGUAAUAUAGCUUGGGAGCCGAUCAAUGGCCUCCGAGAAUGGUUUCAAUGGUGAUAAAGAUACCGACUUGCAUGAAGCCAGCGCAUCAAAUGGGCAGGAAGAGACAGAGAAAGGCUCUGGAGUGAAUGGAGAAAAUCAAGAUCCUGAAAGGAGCAAAGGAGAUGGGAAAGCUAACACGGUUCCAUUUUACAAGCUGUUUUCAUUUGCAGACUCUAAGGAUAUCUUGUUAAUGAUCACCGGCACAAUUGCUGCGGCUGGGAAUGGUCUAUCUAUGCCCCUCAUGACAAUCUUGUUUGGGAAUCUCAUUGAUUCUUUUGGGAAAAACCAGAGCAAUGGCAACGUGAUUGAAGAAGUGUCCAAGGUUUCUUUGAGAUUUGUUUACCUGGCGAUGGGGGCUGCCGUAGCGGCGUUUCUUCAGGUGACUUGCUGGAUGAUCACAGGCGAGAGACAGGCUGCACGAAUACGGGGCAUGUACUUGAAAACGAUAUUGAGGCAAGAUGUUGGAUUCUUUGAUGUGGAAACAAACACAGGGGAAGUUAUUGGGAGAAUGUCUGGGGACACUGUUCUCAUACAGGAUGCUAUGGGUGAAAAGGUUGGGAAGUUUUCACAAUUGAUAUCCACUUUCCUUGGAGGCUUUGUUAUAGCCUUUGUCAAAGGAUGGCUUCUUACCCUAGUCAUGUUAUCUGCUAUCCCUCUACUUGUAUUAUCUGGUGGAACUAUAGCCAUUACAAUAUCCAAGAUGGCAACUCGUGGACAAAAUGCUUAUGCUAAAGCCGCUACUGUAGUUGAACAAACAAUUGGUUCAAUUCGAACUGUUGCGUCAUUUACUGGAGAGAAGCAAGCCAUAAACAAUUACAACAAGUCACUUAUUACAGCUUAUAAAUCAGGCAUCCAGGAAGGUACUGCUGCUGGAUUAGGUGUUGGCUUAGUUAUGCUAAUUAUAUUCUGCAGUUAUGCUUUGGCUGUCUGGUUUGGUGGGAAGAUGAUUUUGGAGAAAGGGUACACUGGCGGUCAAGUACUUAAUGUGAUUAUGGCCAUAUUAACCGGUUCCAUGUCCCUGGGUCAGGCAUCUCCUUGCAUGUCUGCAUUCGCUGCUGGUCAAGCUGCAGCGUUUAAGAUGUUUGAGACCAUCAAAAGGAAACCUGAGAUUGAUGCCUACGACACAAGUGGUAAAGUUUUGGAGGACAUUCGCGGUGAUUUAGAACUGAGGGAUAUUUAUUUCAGCUACCCUGCCAGACCAGAGGAGCAAAUUUUCAGUGGAUUCACUCUUUCUAUUCUGAGUGGCACAACAGUUGCUUUGGUUGGACAAAGUGGAAGUGGGAAAUCAACUGCGAUCAGUCUGAUAGAGAGAUUUUAUGAUCCACAAGCCGGUGAGGUUCUUAUUGAUGGCAUUAAUCUCAAGGAGUUCCAGCUUAGAUGGAUACGAGGAAAGAUUGGUCUUGUUAGCCAGGAACCAGUGUUGUUUACGUCAAGCAUAAGGGAUAAUAUUGCAUAUGGAAAAGAAGGUGCAACCACAGAAGAGAUUAGAGCUGCAGCUGAUCUUGCAAAUGCUGCUAAGUUCAUUGAUAAACUACCUCAGGGACUAGAUACCAUGGUUGGAGAGCAUGGAACUCAGCUUUCUGGCGGACAGAAGCAACGAGUGGCAAUUGCAAGAGCAAUUUUGAAGAAUCCUCGGAUUUUACUUUUAGACGAAGCUACAAGUGCACUCGAUGCAGAAUCUGAAAGAGUUGUGCAAGAGGCGUUGGACAGGAUAAUGGGCAAUAGGACUACUGUCAUCGUCGCUCAUCGUUUGAGUACCAUUAGAAAUGCAGAUACCAUUGCUGUAAUUCAUCAAGGAAAGAUGGUUGAAAAAGGGUCACAUUCAGAACUACUCAAGGAUCCUGAGGGAGCUUACUCUCAGCUUAUUCGUUUACAAGAAGUAAAUAAACGUCCGGAACAGGUUGCAGAUGUAUCAGACGUUACUCCAGAAUCGUUUAGACAGUCAAGCCUAAGAAGAUCAUUGAAGCGAUCAAUCAGCAAGGGAUCAUCUAGAAAUAGCAGCAGCCGCAAUUCUUUCUCCACUCCUUUUGGUUUACCUACUGAAAUGAAUGUCACUGAUCCUGCAAUGUUAGAUACGGAAGGCCAUGAUGGACCACCAUCGAAACAGGCUCCAGAGGUUUCCCUCCUCCGGCUUGCUUACCUCAACAAGCCGGAGAUUUUCGUGAUCUUAAUUGGAACAAUGUUUGCGGCUGCCAAUGGUGUGAUACUUCCGGUUUUUGGAAUCCUUAUUUCCAGUAUGAUCAAAACAUUUUAUGAACCACAUGAUGAAUUGAAGAAAGAUUCAAGAUUCUGGGCACUGAUAUUUUUGGCCCUUGGCAUGGCAUCAUUCUUUAUAUAUCCAAUUCGAUCAUACUUCUUUUCUGUUGCUGGAUGUAAAUUAAUCCAACGAAUCAGAUCAACAUGUUUUGAGAAAGUGGUCCGCAUGGAAGUUGGUUGGUUUGAUGAACCCCAGAAUUCAAGUGGUUCAAUCGGCGCAAGGCUCUCAGCAGAUGCAGCCUCAAUACGUGCCCUGGUUGGAGAUGCACUAGCUCAGCUGGUCUCAAGCUUAGCAUCAGCCGUGGCUGGUGUGGUCAUUGCUUUCAUUGCAAGUUGGCAGAUGGCAUUUAUUAUCUUAGCACUAAUCCCUCUAGUAGGGGUAAAUGGAUAUAUUCAAGCGAAAUUCAUGAAGGGAUUUAGUGCAGAUGCAAAAAUGAUGUACGAGGAAGCUAGCCAAGUUGCUAAUGAUGCAGUUGGGAGUAUAAGAACGGUUGCGUCCUUUUGUGCAGAGGAAAAGGUAAUGCAACUCUAUAAAAAGAAAUGUGAGGCUCCUAUAAAAACAGGGUUAAGGCAGGGUUUGAUCAGUGGAACGGGAUACGGACUUUCUUUCUUCUUUUUGUUUUCCGUUUAUGCGACAAGUUUCUAUGCAGGAGCUCAACUUGUUGAGCAUGGCUAUACGACUUUUACAGAUGUUUUUCGAGUUUUCUUAGCUUUAACGAUGGCAGCUGUUGGAAUUUCUCAAACAAGCUCUUUCGCUCCUGACUCUAACAAAGCCAAGAUCGCCGCUGCUUCCAUAUUUGCGAUUGUUGACCGUAAGUCUAAGAUAGACCCAAGUGACGAGUCUGGGAGGACACUAGAAAAUGUAAAGGGAGAUAUUGAGCUUCGUCAUGUGAGUUUUAAGUAUCCGUCAAGGCCAGAUAUUCAAAUCUUCCAGGACUUAAGUUUGUCUAUUCAUUCUGGCAAGACGGUUGCACUGGUUGGAGAAAGUGGGAGUGGGAAGUCUACAGUAAUCUCAUUAUUGCAGAGGUUUUACGAUCCCGAUUCUGGAGUUAUCACUCUUGAUGGAGUCGAAAUCCAAACGCUCCAAUUGAAAUGGCUGAGGCAACAGAUGGGACUUGUGAGCCAGGAACCUGUUUUAUUUAAUGAUACAAUCCGUGCCAACAUUGCAUAUGGAAAAGGAGGAAAUGCGACUGAGGCAGAAAUUGUAGCUGCAUCAGAGUUGUCCAAUGCUAACAACUUCAUCAGUGCAUUACAACAGGGUUAUGAUACUAUUGUGGGAGAGCGAGGACUUCAAUUGUCGGGAGGACAGAAGCAACGUGUAGCCAUUGCACGAGCCAUCAUUAAAAGUCCGAAGAUACUGCUAUUAGACGAGGCCACAAGUGCACUAGAUGCUGAAUCAGAGAAAGUGGUACAGGAUGCACUAGAUAAAGUCAUGGUGGACCGCACAACGGUUGUAGUUGCUCAUAGGCUAUCCACAAUCAAGAACGCGGAUGUUAUCGCCGUCGUUAAGAACGGAGUUAUCGUAGAGAAAGGAAAGCAUGACACUUUGAUAAACAUCAAAGACGGUUUCUAUGCUUCCUUAGUUGCACUUCACACGACUGCUUCCACUUCACAAAUUCCGUAAUAUAAGAAUAGGAUUAGUUACAAAUGUUGAGAGUCGAAAUUCUAUACUUACACAAUAUCACCCUUGAAAGAUGAUGCAAAAGAGUUCAGCUCAGCCUUGUGAAGCUUACUCUUUGGACUGUUCUUAGGAUUUCCCAGAUGAUUUUUUCAUAGAAUAUUCCACGCAGAUAAUAAU